CUGCGUUCUCAACAAAAAAAAGGGGCCUCCGACAGGCCGCGGAAGGGACCAACUCGGCAAAGAGAGAUGCGAAGUGAGGCGAUCGGCUCCGUUCUACGUGAACCCGCUUUCGUCUGUUCUGUCUCGUCCAGGGUCAGGCCUGAUCCCUUCUGGUAGGAAUGUAGUCGCGUUCGCAGCAGGGCGUCGUGGUAACCAAUCGCCACACUGAGGUCAGCCGGUAGAGUACGUCCGUGCUGACGGUGCUUCAGUAGCCCAUGAGGGGAAGACGGGUUGAAGGGGGUGGUGAGGAGGGAAGAGUACAGAGAGCACGGGUUGGGAGGGGUUGCUAGGAGGAGGAAGGCGUACGGAGAGCGCCCUCCCCGUUUGAAAAAGUGGCGAGGAGGAAGGAGUAAGAAGAGAGAGGCGGAGCUAUGGCGGCCAGGUGCGGUUUCGUGGCGGCGGUGCUCCUGCUCGCUGUUGUGUGCUGCAGAGGGUUUUCGGAGGAGCGGCCGACGGAUCAAAAGAUCUUUGUUCUGCUUGAUGACUUAAGCAUCCGAUCAACUCACGGACUAUUCUUCAAAUCGCUCUCUGAUCGUGGCUAUGAGCUGGACUUCAAGCUCGCAGAUGACCCGUCAUUGACUCUUCAGAAGUAUGGCAAGUACCUGUAUGACGCAGCCAUCAUAUUCGCGCCUCGAGUCGAAAUGCUGGGGGGCAACCUGGACGUCUCCGCAAUCCUGGAAUUUAUCGAUUCCGGGCACGAUCUUAUUCUGGCGGCGGACAUCGGCGUGUCCUCCGUUGUCAGGGAUAUCGCAACUGAAUGCGGAGUCGAAUUCGAUGAGAGGGCGGACGUGGCGUUGAUCGAUCACGCGAACUAUGCCUCGUCAGCGAGUGAUAUCGAUCACUCGCUGAUCGUCGCGAACGACGUUCUGAACUGCAGCGCCAUUCUUGGCGCCGCCGAGCUGCCGGCCCCUGUGCUGUUCCGAGGCAUCGGGACGACGUUGAACGCGAACAGUGACCUAGUUGUGAAGGUUUUGUCCGCAUCGCCGUCGGCGUUUUCCCACAACCCGGCUGUCGAAGCGAAGAGCCCUCCACCCAUCUAUGGAAGUGACAUUGCUAUGGUGUCCGUUAUGCAGGCGAGGAACAACGCGCGUGUACUUAUUUCUGGCUCGUUGGACCUGUUCAGCAACCGGUUUUUCAGGGCGCCCGUGCAGAAAGCGGGCAGUGCGACCAGGUACCCGAAAUCGGGCAACGAGCAGUUCGCCGUGGAGCUGACGAAAUGGACGUUUCAUGAGAGAGGUCAUCUGCGGGCUGCAAACGUGGGUCAUCACAGGGUUGGGGAGUCGGAGGAGCCUUCGGUGUACCGGAUCACGGACGAGCUGGAGUACUCGUUGGACAUCCUUGAGUGGGACGGGAAGAAAUGGCAGCCGUACCGGGCGAACGACGUGCAGAUGCAGUUCUACAUGAUGAGCCCCUACGUUCUGAAGACCCUUAGCCACGACAACCAAGGGCGGUACUCCGUAUCGUUCUGCGUUCCGGACGUUUACGGAGUUUUCCAGCUCAAAGUGCAGUACCGACGGCUAGGGUACGCCACGCUAGACCUGAGUAGGCAGAUUCCGGUUAGGCCUUUCCGGCACAACGAGUACGAGCGGUUCAUCCUUUCUGCCUGGCCCUACUACACGAGUUCGUUCUCCAUGAUGGUGGGGUUUUUCGUCUUUGGCAUUGCGUUCGCUUACCACAAGUAAUCACGUAAGUGAUUAUGAUUCGGGCGGGGAGUAGAUCGAACUGACUGACUGACUGAUCGUCUGGGUCUCUACCCAUUUGAUUGACUGAUUGAUUGAUUCGUUGAGGCGUUUCAAAAAUGUGCGGCCCAUAUUUUGUACGUUUGGAGCAAUUUUUGUGCCGGGAGGGGGGCGAGGGGAGAAGGGAGGGAGUAUGCUGUACGUAUGAGACCGCUGCUUGGCGGUUGACAAACGGAUUCGCAGUUUGUCUUUUUCGUACUUGUGAUGUACACGUGCGUGCUUCGAGCGUGUGGGCUGGGGCCGAGGGUCUAAGAGUUUUUUUCUACUUAUGUUGUCUUGUCGCAGGUAGGCGGUGGUGCCAAAAAAAUCCAUCGGCGGACUGCUCACGAUGGAUCUUCUACGUGCUAAGUUGCCUUAUUAGGCAGAAGGGAACAAGGUUUGAUUGUACUCGUGUGUGUUUGGUAAGGAAGUUCUGAUGAUGGUAUUUUGUAUCAUUGUCGAGUUGUGCGAGUUGGCCCGGUCGAUCUUUCGUUAGGGCACGCUUGCACGAUGAAUUUUCCGACUUCUCUGUGGACAUCUUUGCGGUCAGAUGCAUCCAGGGGUGACCGUAAAAGCGGACAGAUGCAUCCAGGAAAGACCUCCUGUGAGUACGGCCUCACUCCUUCCUUCUGUUGGUCCCUCACGUAAGACAAGAGAACAAAAGAUUGAGAUGUAAAAUAAAGACAUUAGGUCGAU